AUGCAGAUACGGAUACCUAAAAGUGAUAAUCUCAUUAUGCAUACGGAUAUUACUAAUAGCCACAUCCGUAGCCAUUGGGGAGAACUUGUUUUUGAUGACUUGGUUGUUGGCAUCAUAGAUGAAGCUCUUAAGAAGCCUUCAUGUCAAAAAGGUUUCAUUCUUGAUGGAUUUCCAAGGACUGUGGUCCAAGCACAGAAGCUUGAUGAGACGAUGGAAAAGAAGGGAGUCAAAGUUGAUAAGGUACUCAACUUUGCCAUUGAUGAUACUGGUCGCUGGGUACACCCAUCCAGUGGUAGAACCUAUCACACAAAAUUUGCACCUCCCAAAGUUUCAGGCGUUGAUGAUGCAAGGCUAUAUCCUUUUUAA